CUUUUUUUUUACGUCUCCUCACUUGAUUCACUCAGCUGAGGUUGGACCCUGCCGCUUAGAGUGGUUACACUUAUGAGCUCAGGACGUACGGAACGGAGUCGCUGAGCAAUUGUCUCUCUCCUUUUGUUGACUUUUGACAAGAGGUUGUGUUGCUCCAUAUGUUGACUUUUGCGUCAGGUCCUGUCGCGGAGUCCUGUCGGGUAGAUACAACUUAUUGUGCUGUGGAAAUGGAGAGAAACCGGCACGACAGUGAGAGGUCCUGCUCCAGCAUCCUGGAGCAUCAUGAUCUGGAAGCCGCAGAAGCCCUGGUCUGCAUGAGCUCAUGGGUUCAAAGGUCGCACAAACCACGCCCUCUCACUCCAACCUCAGACUCCUGUGACUCUUUGGUACUGCAUCCUGAAGUCACAGAGUCCCCCAAAGACAUGGUCUCCCUAUCCUCACUGUGCAUGACUCCACCUCACAGCCCCAGCUUUGCUGAGAGCUUGACCACCACUGUCCAAACCUGCUCAGGCCCACGGUCAGUCUUACCACAGCCCAGGCUCUGUCCAGCUCUGCCUGGUAGAAAUGCCAGCCACGUCGUUUUACAGCCAGGCACAGUGACCUCUUCCCUGGGAAAUCCUGCCCUGCUGUUACCCCCCCUGGAGCCAACCGCAGGGUCACAAUGCAGAGCCAUGGCAACCAGUGUCAUCCGCCACACAGCAGACGGACCAUUCAACGCCCACAUUCCACCUGAUUCCACUGGGCAACAGGUGAGGCUGGUGGAGGCAGAGAACCAGGGACCGCAAUCUGAGGCCAGGGGGAUCGCUACCUUGUCCCCGAUGGUUCCCCUGCAAGCUGAGGCACAGAGCAGCCCCUGGGCUGGGAUGGAGGUUAUCAACAACCCACCCACUGCCUCGCCACCACCUGCAGUCUCACCGUCCCAGGUCAAUACUUUGCCCCAGCCGGCCAUCUCCAGCUCUCCAGUCCUCUGCCAGGUUUUUCCAAUGAACGGCCAAACCGGGAUCAUCUCUGCCUUUGUCCAGGCUCCAGUUCAAAUGCAAACCACCAGUGGUCCCAAGGCCAUUCUUCCUCAGUCGCCAUCUUCCUUCCCACAGCAAGUUCUCGUGGGCUCUCCUGUGGGCCAGGGGACGGUGAUGUUUGUGGUUCCUCAGUCUUCCGUGUCUCAGCCUCAGCCCGGUCCACAGAGUGUUGUCACCCUGGGCAACACCAAGCUUCUUCCCCUGGCCCCGGCUCCAGUGUACAUGCCCUCAGGUCAAAACGGAAACACCACACAGGUGGACUUCUCUCGCCGGCGAAAUUAUGUCUGCAACUUCCCCGGGUGCAAAAAGACGUACUUCAAGAGCUCUCAUUUAAAGGCACACCUCAGAACCCAUACAGGUGAGAAACCUUUCAGCUGUCACUGGGAAGGUUGUGAUAAAAAAUUUGCACGCUCUGAUGAACUCUCCAGACACCGGCGCACACAUACUGGUGAGAAGAAGUUUGUAUGUCCAGUGUGUGACCGGCGAUUUAUGCGAAGUGAUCACUUGACCAAGCACGCUCGUCGACAUAUGACCACCAAGAGGGCCUCAGCGUGGACCUCAGAAGUUUGUGACCUCAAUAAAAUGGCUGCUUCCAAGGCCUCUUCAACCAACUCCUCUGUUCCUCUCAGUGUACUUGUACCCGCCUCAAACUAGAAACAAGUCUUAGGCCAUAGGGCCACCUCAGGACAAUAUCCCACUGACCAUCUAUCACGGGAAAAUAAGUGACAAACACAAAAUGGCUGCUACCCCAACAAUGGACAGAAACAAACUGACUUUGCACUGGAUUUUUAAAUACAUUGUUGUUUAUACUUUCUUUAUAUGGAUUUUUGUUUACUUUUGUACAAGUAAUGUUUCUCAAACUUAUGCACUCUUUUUGCCAAAGCCUUCGCAUUACUGUUACUCCUUGUCGGUCUAUGUAUAUUUGUAUAUAUAAUAUCUAUAUAUGAAUGUAAUGUGUACUCCAUCUUGCAUUUAUUGACAAUAUAUAAAUACAUAAAUGUUAUUGAUGUGCUUAAAUCUGUAAGUGGAUAGUAUUCAUAGAUGUGAUACUAUCGACUGUCUUGUCUUGCUUUGCAUAUUAUUUAAUAAACAUUUGUUUUUAAAA